UAUACCUUUAAUGUAUGUAAACAAUGCCGAAUUUUCUAAAAGAAUGAAGUUAAUGUUUUUUGUGUUACAGUUGUUAACAGGCUAUGGAAUGUCUUCAGAAUGCAACAGUCGACUCGAUAUAUCCCAGUGAACUUGAAAUAAAAGAUACCACAGAGUCUGCGUCAUCUGUUUCAUAUUUGGAUAUUUUACUGGACAUGGACAUUGAGGUCACGGUCGUCAAUGCUGUUCAAACUAUUUCAUGAAGAAUGGUCAUUGUUCAGAGUGUCCGGCAGGAACAUAUGGUGACAACUGUAACGUCACGUGUCCAGAUAAUUACUUCGGUCGUUUCUGUGACGAAGAGUGUCACUGUUCUUAUAGUCAAUACUGCGACUCAGUUAAUGGAUGCCUCAACAUCCCAACUAACACGACCAAAAUAACAGAGACAUCUGAGUGGAAAAACGUCACACUUGCCUCUAUUGGUUCCAUAAUCACAGUUGGAUUAGCUGCAGCAGGAGUUAUCUCUUUGAGAUCAAGAUGGAAAAAGUGUCAAGUGCAACCGUCUUCCAGAUAUUUUUCAAAACAUCAAAGAGAAGACAAUAUUGCUAACCAGAACGUAGAAGCGGCAGCUUUUGAACGAUGUGCAUCUAAAGGAGCGUCAGAAAACCUAAAUCAUCCAUACGGGAACUUAAAAUUAAUGCAUUCAAUGGAUACAACUACAGAUAAUAAAACCACAUUACGUUGUGUGAAUGAUGAAAUUUCAAAUGACAACAAUGUUGGGGUGACUUAUGGACUAAUUUCAAAACGUCAAUUAAAAGAUGCAUGUUUUACGGACACUAAUUGGGAAGGGAGACGUUCAAAUAACUAUGAACAGCCAUUCCAAACGUCGUCUGUGUACAGUAUUUUGUCUUUGAAGAGAAAGAUAGAUCUGUCUACGACGGAUUUGUACGUUUAAAGUGAUACAGAACUGAUAGGUCACACAAUUUAAAUAAAUAUAUGCACUGAUAGUGCGUUUUGAAAUACCUUGUUAAUAGAUAGUCAAUACAGACACAGAAAACUCUACUGAUAAAAAUCAAAGAAAUUUCAUUUGUCAACUACACAGUUAAACGAAAAUAACGUCGAGAAAACAAUAUAUCAGUGAAAGGUGUAAAUCGUUUAAAAAACUAUAAUAUACUGUGGUUUCAUCAAUAUUCGUUAAAUACAAUUUUCGUGGAUUUCGUUGUUAAGGUUAUCCCUGAAAAUAAAUUUUCAUUGAAGUGCAAUUUCUAAUAACAGUUUGUAUUGAUAUGAUCAUUGGCCACGAUUUUAAGUAUCCUGUAGCAUUUUAUUGUUUAUAUUAACAUCUUUCUUUAACUAAUUAACAAAUUGAUCGUAAAAAGUAAGUAAAAAUCAGUAAAUUACUGUUAAUGAACAUAAGUACGUUAUCUAAAAGAAACAGCCAAAUAGUCUCCUGUGAGACUUUGAAUCUGAUACCAUCAUUAUUAUUUCGUGCAGUCCGUGAUUUUUCUUAGGUAGUUAUAGAUUCCGACCAAUCGAUAAACGGGGCGUGUAGAUUUCAGUCUGGCUGUUUCUACACAGCUAUGAGUUAACUAUAAAUAUUCGUAAGAAAUAGAGGGAACAAUACUUGGUAGAUGUAAAUAUGUAUUAAUGAACCACAGUAAAACACAUAUUCUAGUGCUUUCAAUGCCUGUGUUGUUCGCUAAUGAUUAUUUACUUCAAUAAAAGGUCAUUAUGCUUAUUUCAUUUAUGAUAUAUAAUAUUGAGGAAUUUAUAAUCUUACAAAAUGUCAAUACAAUUAUUAUGAAUGUUGCAAGAACAUCCAAUAUA